CGUUUCGUCCCCUCCUGCCGCACUACACUCAGGUUUCGCAUUCCACAACACACAUAUAUACACAGAGCCAACUUACACCAAAUCUACCGAUUGCCAUGGCACACUUCCAGGAGGUGGACUACUGCUCGGAGGAGGUGAGGGCCAUGGGCAACCCGGCCGGCGGCUUCCGCCACGGCCACGGCUCCGGCGGCGGCAUUCAGCAGCACGUGGCGAAGGAGACGUUCGUGCAGGAGGCUACCGGCGGACACCACGGGCACGGGCACCACGGGCGCGGCUCGGGACACUUCGAGGUGCGCGAGAGCAAGGUCGAGGAGGACGUCAACACCCGCACCGGCGAGUUCCACGAGCGCAAGGAGAACUUCGUGGUCAGGGCCGACGACUAAUUAACCUGUGCUAGCAAUAAGUCACACACGGACUCGGACAUGCAUGGAAGUACUCCGUACAAAUAGAUGUGUGUAUCGCUGUAUGAAACCCACGGUCACACCCAGUACCGCGCAAGUGUGUUGUACGUACUACGUGCGUAUACUUUGCGCGUGCAGCGGUUAAAUAAGGUCGUGACCUUAAUAAAAUUAAAGCUGCUUUCUUAGUACUCU